ACUUUUUUCAGGUUCCCCAGCUCAAAGAGAGGGACUCACUCUUCACGCACUUUGUGUAGACGCGAGCGCACUAGCUCGCGCCCACACACCACCCGGCCCCCUGCGACUAGCCCAAGGCUUGUAAUUCUCUGCUGCGUUGCUUGGGGAGGUGAACCGAAACCCUGUGCCUGCGCACUUCAAUCCCAGACCGUCUAGUGUGACGCUCGGCCAGUCUCUGUGGCAGACCCAGGCUCGGAGCUGAGAGGAAUCAUCGGGACUUCCAGGCUCCUUCUGCAAGGCCAGGGAGAGGUCAGCGUGGCAAGAGCCGGGGCACAGGGGGCGGUGUUACGAACCCCCAGAGGAGCUGAGCUGUGGGAGUUGAACUCCCGGGUGCCGAGCCUUUUGCUGGUCAGGACUACAUUUCCCAGUGGCCCCCGCGAGCACUGGGCCCGCUGCGCCUUUGUGUCCUCCGGAGGCCCGGUCGCUUCUUUCCGGGCCCGCGGAGGCUGGGUUCCCUCAGAUUCAGGGCAGGAGGUGGGCCCGAGAGGAGGUUACCCGAGUUUUCCGGACUUGAACCUGGUCUUCCGGCACUUCAGUUCUGCAGGAGUUGGUGACCUUCAGAGAUGUGGCUGUAGACUUCUCCCAAGAGGAGUGGGAUUGUCUGAAUUCUUCUCAGAGGCAUCUGUACAGUAAUGUGAUGUUGGAGAACUACAGGAUCUUGGUAUCACUGGGACUUUGCUUUUCUAAACCAAGUGUGAUAUUAUUGUUGGAACAAGGGAAGGAGCCCUGGAUGGUAAAGAGAGAGCUGACAAAAGACUUGUGCUCAGACUGGGAAUCUGUGUGUGAGACUGAAGAGUUAACCCCAAAGCAGGACAUUUAUCAAGUGCGAUCAUCUCAGAAAGUAAUAGAAACACUUACAAGCUGUGGCCUUGAGUACUCCAGAUUGAAAGAAGAAUGGAAAUGUGAGGGCCACUUUGAGAGGCAACCAGUGAAUCAGAAGGCAUGUUUCAAGGAAAAGACAAUCACUCACGAAGAAGCCCCUGUUGAUGAAAGAGGACAAGAAUAUAACAAAACUUGGGGAAGUUUCCAUCCCAGCACACUACUUCAUACACAACAGAUAAUCCCCAAAGAGGAGAAAGUACAUAAACAUAACACACAUAAAAGCUUUAAAAAAAGAUUAAUGGCUAUUAAGCCCAAGAGUAUCUAUACAGAGAAGAAACUUUUGAAAUGUAAUGACUGUGGAAAAGUCUUCAGUCAGAGCUCAUCCCUUACUCUUCAUCAAAGAAUUCAUACUGGAGAGAAACCCUAUCAAUGUAUAGAAUGUGGGAAAGCCUUCAGCCAGAGAUCAAAUCUUGUUCAACAUCAGAGGAUUCAUACUGGAGAGAAACCCUAUGAAUGUAAGGAAUGUAGGAAAGCCUUCAGUCAGAAUGCACACCUAGUUCAACAUCUGAGAGUUCAUACUGGAGAAAAACCUUAUGAAUGCAAAGUGUGUAGGAAAGCCUUCAGCCAGUUUGCUUACCUUGCUCAACAUCAGAGAGUUCAUACUGGAGAGAAACCCUAUGAAUGUAUUGAAUGUGGGAAAGCAUUUAGCAAUAGAUCAUCUAUUGCCCAACACCAGAGAGUUCAUACUGGUGAGAAACCUUAUGAAUGUAAUGUCUGUGGGAAAGCGUUUAGCCUUCGUGCAUACCUUACUGUCCAUCAGAGAAUACAUACUGGAGAGAGACCCUAUGAAUGUAAGGAAUGUGGGAAGGCUUUCAGCCAGAAUUCACACCUUGCUCAACAUCAGAGAAUUCAUACUGGAGAAAAACCUUAUAAGUGUCAGCAAUGUAGGAAAGCAUUCAGCCAGAUUGCCUACCUUGCUCAACAUCAGAGAGUUCAUACUGGAGAGAAACCCUAUGAAUGUAUUAAAUGUGGGAAGGCUUUUAGCAAUGAUUCAUCCCUUACUCAACAUCAGAGAGUUCAUACUGGAGAGAAGCCUUACGAAUGUAAUGUUUGUGGAAAGGCUUUUAGUUACUGUGGGUCCCUUGCCCAACAUCAGAGAAUCCAUACUGGAGAGAGACCCUAUGAAUGUAAGGAAUGCAAGAAAACCUUCAGACAGCAUGCACACCUUGCUCAUCAUCAGAGAAUCCAUUUUGGGGAGUCACUGUCACCACCCAAUCCAGUCAAUCACCAAGUCCUGUAGACUAUCUCAAAGAUACUUCUGGAAUUUAUACUCUUUUCUCCAUCUCUAAUGUUGUCAUCCUUGUCUAAGAUUCAUCUCACCUGGAUCACUCUAUAGCUUUCUAACAGGUCUUCCUGUAUCAACAUUUGGUCCCCUUAAAUUCAUUUUCCACCAUGCACCCAAACUGAUCUUUUUCAAGUGUAAGAAUACACACAUCACUGCCUCCAGUUAAAAGUUUUUUUGGCUUGCUGUUGUUCUUAAGCUAGCAUCCACAGUCUUUAAAACUGUCUAUGAGGAGCUUCAUUAUCUGGUUCUUAGAUACCUUUCAGCCUUAUUUUAUUCCAGUCUCUCUGGGCACUAGGCACUUCCCAGGUCUAAGAGCUUAGGUUCUGGAAAAUCAUAGCUCUACCACUACUGUAGCAUUGUGUGAUUUUGAGUAACUUGCUUGACUUAUCUAAACCUCAGGGUUUUCUUUAAUUCUUAAAAUAGGGAUAAUAAAGGAUACUGUAUUGUAGAAAUGUGAGUAUUAAAUGAAAUAGUGUCUAUUGUAGAUUGGUGCAUAUUAAGUAAAAAAUUUGCAUGCAGAGUACUUAACAUAGUGCAUCAAAUAUAGCAGAUAUUCAAUUUAAUAAUAAUAGCUAACAUGCAUUGAGUGCCUACUUUGCACCAGGCACUGUUCUACAUACUCAACAUAUAUUAACUCAUUUAAUCCUUACAGCUAAAACAAGAUUCCUUAGUGGAUAAAGCAGAACAUCAUGGGAAGCAGCAGGUCAGAACUGGGGAAACCUAAAAACUUUAGAAUAUAUGUGGGAGUGUUUGUACACUAGGUGAGUAAUUGAUAUAGACAAAAGUAGUAGAACUAUAACACAACCAGUUUUAGGAGAUUUCUAAAGAAACAAUUGGAUAUACUAAUUAAAUAAAAUGAAGAUUCACUGAGAAAAAUGCAGAACUUAUAUUUAGAUCAAGAAAAGAACAGAGAGUAUUGCAAUUAACUCCAAAAACCCAAUAAACAGAAAUUUAUACUGUAGCAUAAAAAGACAUCAAUCCCAGGUAAUUGAAUGGGUGAAUCUAGGUGAUUUCAAAAGCAUUUAAACUGUUUCAUCCCAUAGAAAAAGUAUAUAAAUUUUUAUCAAGUGAUUAUAAAAUUGAAACCAAAAGGGGACUGAGGAAAGAAAACUACAGUCAAAUGUAGUUUGACUACAUUUAUAUAUAUAUACACAUGCAUAUAUAUACUUUCAUUCAGUGAAUUUUGAGUACUGUUUGCCACACACUGAUUUAGACAUGAGGAGAUAACAUGAUCAAUACAAAGACCAUGUCCUCAUGGAGUUAAAACAAUAGAUUUUCUAGGCCCAGAAAACUGAAGAACAAUAAAAUAAAUAGAAGGGUAUUAUAUAGCCUAGGCUGAAGAGACUCAAAAUAACAAAGUUAUCAGUUACCCCUAAUUUACAACUUCACUGCAGUUCCAAGCAAAUUUCCUCAAUGGGCCUUUUUGCCCUUUAAUUUCACAGCUUUGUUUUGAAAUUCAUCUAUGAAGUGUGAAUUCUAAAGAACAAGAAAAUUAUCGAAUCUAAUCUAUUUGUAGAAAUUUUGCAUAUGAUAAAGUUGGUUUAUACCAGUAGAGAAAGGAUGGAUUUGGGAGUAGUAAAAUAAUUGACAAUGUAUAUCAUGGCAGUAAGGGAAAAAAAUAAAAUGAACUAUUUCAAAAUCAUCACAUUAAAAAAAGCAUCACAGUACCUAUUACUGGGAAGAUGUGGAGCAAUAGGAAUAUUCAUACAGUGCAGUUGAAAAUAGUUUUUUAAAAAGAAUAAUGUAUCAAUAUCUAGUAAAGUUGAAGAUGUGGAUACUCUUUGACCCAGCAAUUCCACACUUAAACCUCUACAGAGCCUCUCCUUAUGUGUUCAGGGAGAUGUACAUGAAGACCCACUUCAGUGUUGUUUGUGAAAAUGAAAAGUUUAGGGUAAGCAAAACAAUCAUUAGGGUUUAAGUAAGAAUUGAAAUUAAUGAACUAGAGAUACUUUUAUCAAUAUGGAUACAUCUCAGAAACUAUUGAAAUCGAACUAGAGGGUAUUUUGUGUGAUAUGGUUCCACUUAUUUAUAUAAAGUUUGAAAACAUGCAAAUCAACACUAUGUAUAUUUUUCAUGGCUAAAUACCAUAUGGAAAUAAUCAUCAAAUUGUGAUGACCUCUGGGGAGGGAGAAAAAUGAGAUUGAGGAAAGGAUGCAAAGGGAGGUAUCUUUUAAUCAUUAAUUUCUUUAAAAAAUAACUGGCCAGUUCUAAAUUGAUGGUUGUGGGUUUUUAUUCUCUGUAUCUUUCUAUAUGUUUAAACUAUUUCAUAAUUAAAAAAAUUUAAGUAA